AUGGUUUUAAACAAUGUCAUUGCUCCCAAAUUUGGCCAACGUGCAGCAAAAAAUUAUACAUGCAAAAAGCAUCCAAAGGUACUGAUGAUGAGCCGUUUUCAUGGGAAGCUCGUAAGUUUUUUCGUAAAAAGCUUAUUGGAAAAAAGGUAUUUUUUGAAACUUGCUGGUCAAGUAUGUGGUGUUGGAAAGAUAACUCGAGACUAUGGUGACAUCUUUUACCCAACAUUGGACAACAAUAUUGUAAACGAGCUUGUUGAAAAUGGUCUAGUAACUGUAAAAACUGUGAUGUCAAAUAACCGAACUACUUAUAUUCAAAACCUAGUUGUCCUUCAGAACAAGGCUAAACCUGCUACGGUAGGAAGAUGGGAUCCCAAUGCUAAGAACACUGCAAAGAAAAAUAAUUUCAUUGAUGAACCAUUUUUUAAGAAAAAUUCUAAAACACGUAUUAAGGCUGUUGUUUAA